GGCCCAGCCCUAUCUCAAUGACUCUGUGGACAGGCCUCAGCACAAGCCCAGCCCUAUCUCAAUGACUCUACGGACAGCCCUCAGCACAAGCCCAGCCCUAUCUCAAUGACUCUAUGGACAGCCCUCAGCACAAGGCCCAGCCCUAUCUCAAUGACUCUACGGACAGCCCUCAGCACAAGGCCCAGCCCUAUCUCAAUGACUCUACGGACAGCCCUCAGCACAAGGCCCAGCCCUAUCUCAAUGACUCUACGGACAGCCCUCAGCACAAGGCCCAGCCCUAUCUCAAUGACUCUACGGACAGCCCUCAGCACAAGGCCCAGCCCUAUCUCAAUGACUCUACGGACAGCCCUCAGCACAAGGCCCAGCCCUAUCUCAAUGACUCUACGGACAGCCCUCAGCACAAGGCCCAGCCCUAUCUCAAUGACUCUACGGACAGCCCUCAGCACAAGGCCCAGCCCUAUCUCAAUGACUCUACGGACAGCCCUCAGCACAAGGCCCAGCCCUAUCUCAAUGACUCUACGGACAGCCCUCAGCACAAGGCCCAGCCCUAUCUCAAUGACUCUACGGACAGCCCUCAGCACAAGGCCCAGCCCUAUCUCAAUGACUCUACGGACAGCCCUCAGCACAAGGCCCAGCCCUAUCUCAAUGACUCUACGGACAGCCCUCAGCACAAGGCCCAGCCCUAUCUCAAUGACUCUACGGACAGCCCUCAGCACAAGGCCCAGCCCUAUCUCAAUGACUCUACGGACAGCCCUCAGCACAAGGCCCAGCCCUAUCUCAAUGACUCACGGACAGCCCUCAGCACAGGCCCAGCCCUAUCUCAAUGA